ACGCUGCUGCUCAACUCCGUGUCCGGCUACCAGUGGACUCGGGAGGACAGGCUGAGGCGCAUCAAGACAGACGACGAAGGCAGGCCAAUGGUGCGCCAGCAGUACUCCAUCCUCUGGUUGGCUGACGCAAUUCGCGACUCGUCUGAAAAUCAAGAGUACGAUGUCUAUUUGAUCUUCACAACGAAAGAAACCCCUGGCAGAGGCGGCGCAAACGUGACCGAAAGAGUGGCGAUGACCUUCAGAGCACCGAAACACCUCAGCCUCAUCAGUCACGAGCCCACACCGCAGGAACUCUACAGCAUGACAACGACCAUGGAGCUACAGUUCGAACACUCCUUCCCCUACUUGACCGAAAGGGGCGGCAACCUGUACCACAUUAACGCAGACGCCACCUCUGGGCUAGGCGCCCUGAUCCGCGGCAACAAGGCGCCUCUGACCAUGCAGUUUGGUGAGAUUCACUCUGUUCGACUGUACAUCAGAGAAUAGACUCGUCUGACAGAGACAGAGACAGAGAGACCUAUACAUCAUAGGCAGAGACCUAUAUAUCGGGUGUAAUGUAACCUAUACCGGGAGACCUAUAUACCGGGUGUACCUAUAUAUCCAGGGCGUAACUCAUAUACCGGGUAUAAUGGACCGAUCAGGGAAUAGGGCGACUCCCAUAGACAGUCUAGAUCCAUGGGAGAAGCAGGGUUCGAAACUGAUUCGUUCCCAGUCCUGGCGUAGCAUCUCGUCCCUCAGC